AUGGCUAGAUCCACCAACAGAAGCGCCAAGGACGGGGACUCACGGGUAACCGCCCCCACUGACCGCGGAGAGGUGCGGGACUUGGCCGAGCCCCGGGAACUGUCUCUGGAGGAGGUGCUGAAGUCCUACGAGCAGCCCAUUAACGAAGAGCAGGCAUGGGCGGUAUGCUACCAGUGCUGCAGCGGGCUGAGGGUGCCCCGCCCGCCGGCCGGGAGAGUCAGCCAGGUGAAGGACCCAUCAUCCAUCCUCCUACACAAGGACGGAACUGUGUCAUUACAACAGGAGCCUCAAGACAACGAUGACGCUGACGGGACUCCUCCUCCACCCUCUGCAGAGCGUCAGGCCAGACAGUAUCCAUCCCUUCAGCUGGUCCAGUCGCUGGGCGUGGCCAUCUACCAAGCUCUGGACUGGGGGCUGGACGACAGCGAGGAGCGGGAGCUCAGUCCACAGCUGGAGCGCCUCAUCGAACGCAUGGCUGGGGGGGAGCAGAGCGGAGAGGGCGACAGCACUGCCGGCAAUGGCGCAACAGAUGAGGGGUACAGCGGGCAGGAAGAGGAGGAGGAACUAGAGGAGGAGCAGGAGGGAGUGAUAAGGCCGAUGUGUACGUUCCACCAGGUGAUGGCGAUGUGUGCGUCUCGUCUGGCCAACCCAAGCCUGGCUCCAGAGCACUACCAGGCCGUCUGCAGAGCUCUGUUUGUAGAGACUCUAGAGCUGCAGACCUUCCUCAUCAAGAUCAGAGAUGCUAAGGAGAUGCUGAAGAAGAUCACAAAAGAUGAAGCUCUGGAAGACAGGUCUACAGCUGAACUAGACGCACUGAAACACAGAGACUGGGCGCGUCUGUGGGUGCAGCUGAUGAAGGAGCUCAGGCAGGGCGUGAAGCUGAAGAAGGUGCAGGAGCAGCCGUUCAACCCACUGCCCACAGAGUUCAGCCUCACCCCCUUUGAGAUGCUGAUGCAGGACAUACGAGCGCGCAAGUUCCAGCUACGUAAAGUCAUGGUGGAUGGAGACAUUCCUACCAGAGUGAAGAGAAAUGCCCAUGAACUGAUUUUGGACUUCAUCAGAUCAAGACCUCCACUUAAACCGGCUACAGAGCGCAGCCUCCCCCCUCCUCCCCCGCAGCAGCAGUCCCUCCAUGACCAGGUCCUGGCUGAGAUCAAGCAGGAGAGGAAGCUCAGGCCGGUGGUCCUUCCCAGCUCCAGACCAUUUGGCUCUCUCCCCUGCCUGGCUCAGACCUGUCCCUGUAACGUCAAAUCUACUUCGUGCAUCGACCUGUCCAUGUCAGAGCCCGGGCCCCGGCCGCCGUCCCGCCCUCGCAUCCUGCUCAAGGCCCCGACCCUGGCAGAGAUGGAGGAGAUGAACAUAUCUGAGGAGGAGGAGUCCCCAGACAACGGGGAGCUGAGGAGGGCAGAGAGCUCCCCCAUGCCUCUGAAAAGGGAUCGCUCCUUCUCGGAGCAUGACCUGGCCUUGCUCCGUGGAGAGAUGCUUCCUUCGCUCUCUGAGUCGGUGCAGCUGGACGGCGCGGUGAGGCUGAGGGGCGAGAGGCCGCGGUCCCGGACACUGACCAGCAGCGGGCCGCCUCCUUAUCACAGAGCCUCCUUCCCAGUCACCGGCUGGGUACCAUCCUCUCCGGCCCGCCUGUCCCUGAGUUCAGUUGACGAGACCAUAGAGGGGUCAGACACGGCGUCAGGCUCCAGAGCUGGAGACGAGCACCAGUGGAUGGAGUUCAGUCACCCUGUGGAGAGUCUCGCCUUAACAGUGGAUGAGGUCAUCAAUGUGCGCCGGGUGCUUGUCAAAGCAGAGAUGGAGAAGUUUCUUCAGAGCAAAGAGCUCUACAACAACCUGAAGAGAGGCAAGGUUUGCUGCUGCUGCAGAGUGAAGUUCCCUCUCUUCUCGUGGCCAUCUACCUGCUUACUGUGUAAAAGAUCCGUCUGUGUCUCCUGCAGUGCAAAGAUGAAGAUUCCCUCAAAGAAGAUGGCCCAUAUUCCUGUGUACACUGUGGGUUUCCACAGCACUCCAAAGAGCCAUGGACACAAAAGCCAAGUCUAUAAGUCCCUGCGCAGUUUGUCCCGCCGCUCAGUGGAGGAGGAGUUCCCCCACCUGUACGCUCACGGCUGCACACUGCGAGACGUCUGUGCUGAAUGCACCAAAUUCGUUGCCGAUGUCAUUUCCUCCAGCCGCCGGAGUCUGGACAUCCUCAACAACACUCCCAAGAGGGAAGCCAAAGCUGCCGCCGCUGCUCAGAGACCACAGCUGCAACGUCAGUCCCACCUCGACAUUUGCUCGCAACCAAGCCCUCCCCAACCUCACCGUCAGCGUCACCCUCCACCUUACCCACAGUCACAGUGUCACCCCCAGCUCCCUCCCCACUUCCAUCAUCAACAGCAGCAACUCCACGCAUCGGUGACACCUUCUUCGCCGCAGCUCCUCACCAAGGUGAUCAACAAUGUGAACCAAUGA